AUACAAGUCCGGCCAACAAGACAGCUCUUCUCGACCAAAAUGUACGGGCUAUUUUUAACGGAAAAAUACUAGAGAGAACAGAAUGUAGUUUGCAAACAUUAAAUGUCAUUUAAAUGAGAAAAUAUGUAAAAGUUAUUAAUUGCGAAAGAAAGUAAAUAGGAAAAUUUUCGGAAAAACUAACAUUGAAUGUCCAUUGAUGACGACUAAGUAAAGUGAAUUGUUGUUGAAAGAAAACCCGACUCAAGGAUGCCACCAAAGCGUCCACCACCUUUGGUUCCCAAAAAACCAAAUCCCAGCAUGGUGUAUGAGGUGCUGAUCUAUUUGAAUUCUUUCUAUUUUGGCAUGUUCGCAUUCUGUGAACUUGCCAUGAGCUUGUUGAAGGCCAUUAAUUUGACAUAUCCUUUUGAAAUUUUGGUACGAGACAUGAUCAUAAUUGUGGGAUAUUGCCUUUUGGAAACGAUAAGAAUUAUAUUGGGUCGUCGCAGUUCAUUGGCCGACCGAGGUUUGCCAGCAAUUUUAUCGGUUAUUCUGAUUGUUCCAUGCUUUCUUGGUGUCAACUACGUUUUACUUUUACAAUUGUAUAAAUUACGUUUAGAAUAUGUACUGUGUGUUUUACAAUUGGGUUUAUAUCUCACUGAAAUAUGGUAUGCCUUUUACUUUGUUUUCUCAUUAUGUCGUCCCGUAACUUAUGACUAGCGAUUAAGUUUAAAUUCAGUUUAAAUUCACAAAGAGAUAUCUAAGAGCAUUAUCUUAAACAUUGUUUUGUAUAUUUGGAAAUAAAGUUUUACGAAUGUUGAUUUAUAUAGAAUUUUCAAUAAAAAAAUAUUUCAAUAUAUCACA